AUGGUUGGGGACUACGCCUCCAGGGUGUACGCCCGCCGGUCCGAGCUCGAACACUCAGCUGUGAAGCUCAUGAACGCGACACGCUUCAAGCUAUUCAUCGGCGGCCUCGUCCUCGCAUACCUAACCAUUAUCACUCGUUGUGUCUUCCGUAUUGGUGAGAUGGCCAAUGGAUGGGGUAACCCGAUCAUGCAGGACCAGGGCGACUUCAUCGGUUUGGACAGUGUCAUGAUUACCAUUGCUACCUUCUGCCUGACUGCUUUCCAUCCUGCAUUGGUGUUCCCGGAGAUGCAGAUGCAUGGGACAACCAGCCCGAUGGGAGAAUUCACCACGGCGGAUGCGGAGAAGGUUCAUGAUGCGGAGUCUCCACCUAACGGUGACAGGAAAGGGUACUUUGGGGCAUCAUAG